GGGGAGGAAUAGUGCAGGAAGGGAGCGAGACCAAGCCGAGCCACUAGGAGAGUAAGCCCUUCCCACGUGUAAAGUUGAAUAAAAGAAUGCAGCCUCAACCAGAGAGAUCAACCUGCGCCGCCGGCGGCGCAGAACGCACUAAUCCGCGACUAGCAAGUUUUCCUAAACCAAACUUCAUAAAUAGAAUUGUUACUUUCAAAAAAAUGCUUGCUGAAAAUCAAAGAAAGGAAAGAAGGUCCAUUUUCCCACGUAGUUCGUCGGUCAAACCAACGAUUCUCUUCUCAAAGUUAUAGAGAGAUCUUUUUCUAGUUAGACUUCUAUCAAUGCAAUGAAAGAACCAUCCCUUCCUAUUUCUUUGUCCUGUCAGAUAGAAAUAUAAGAAGACCCAAAAGAGCCCUUCUUUACCACUUUAGGGGGUGGGGGUGAAGGGGGGGUGGUUUACAUACAACCGAGGCAAAGUGGUUUAUGAUUGAAUCUCAGAGGCAUUCUUAUCAUUUGGUAGAUCCAAGUCCAUGGCCUAUUUCGGGUUCACUCGGAGCUUUGGCAACCACCGUAGGAGGUGUGAUGUACAUGCACUCAUUUCAAGGGGGUGCAACACUUCUCAGUUUGGGCCUAAUAUUUAUCCUAUAUACCAUGUUUGUAUGGUGGCGCGAUGUUCUACGUGAAUCCACGUUGGAAGGACAUCAUACCAAAGUAGUACAAUUAGGACCUCGAUAUGGUUCUAUUCCGUUCAUCGUAUCGGAGGUUAUGUUCCUUUUUGCUUAUUUUCGGGCUUCUUCUCAUUCUUCUUUGGCACCUACGGUAGAGAUCGGGGGUAUUUGGCCCCCAAAAGGGAUUGGGGUUUUAGAUCCUCGGGAAAUCCCAUUUCUUAAUACCCCUAUUCUCCUUUCAUCCGGAGCAGCUGUAACUUGGGCUCAUCAUGCUAUACUCGCGGGGAAGGAAAAACGAGCAGUUUACGCUUUAGUAGCAACCGUUUCACUGGCUCUAGUACUCACUGGCUUUCAAGGAAUGGAAUAUUAUCAAGCACCCUUCACUAUUUCGGAUACCUUUUUCUUAGCAACUGGCUUUCAUGGUUUUCAUGUGAUUAUAGGUACUCUUUUACAGAGUAUGAUCGGUCAAUGUAUUUUAUCAAAAAAAAAAGGUUGA